UCUCGAUCACCGGAAAAGGGUAUAUAAGAUCGGUCUUUUGGACGGAAAACAUACAGUAUCGAGGUGAUCCUAUAGUCGAAAGCAUCGUUCUUUGUUUUUCAAGCAAAUAAAAUACUUCAAAAUGUUCAAGAAUGUAAUUUUGUGUGUUGCAUUGGCAAUUAUUGGCCAACAAUUUGUUAGUGCUGCUCCACAACUUGGAUUCGGUGGAAUCGGUGGAUUCGGUGGUCAACAAUCUGCAUCAAAUUCCAACACUCAAGCAAGUUCAAGCACACUUAGCCAAGGUGGAGUUGGAGGAUUAGGCGGAGUACAACAAUCACAAGCACAAUCUUCAGCAAGUUCAAGCACAAAUUCAUUUAAUCAAGGUGGUGUUGUUGGUGGUGGAUACCCAGUUGGUGGUGUUGGUCAUAUUCCAGCUGUUGCUCCAAUUGGUGUUCAUGGUGUUGGCCAUCUUCCAGUUGGUGGUCAAGGCAUUGGUCAUCAUGUUCCAGUUGGUGGUCAAGGCAUUGGUCAUCAUGUUCCACUUGUUCCAGUUGGUCCAGUUCAUGGUUAAACAGAUUAAAAAAAA